GAUAUGCCACUUUAAAGUGUUAAUUGUUUUUUUUAUUUUUGUCCCUAUUUUUCAUGUUUUAAAUAUGUUUGAAAAGAUCAAUCAAUCAAUAAGUUGACUUUUUCAUUAGAUUAUUGAACAGAAGAACGGACUCGCCAAUUACACAGACUCGUUUACCUCCAGCCUGCAGAUGGUGCUGUUUCCGUGGGUGUAUAUAUGUGUUACAUACCACGUGACUCACUCUAUCUCCCUCUGGUGUCGCAAGACAGCACGACACUUCCCUGUCGCUCUGAUACUGACAGCACCAUGCAGGAGAAAUGCAGCCCAGAAGAUCAGCAGCAGCAAUGCUCCGAGUGUGGAAGCAGGUUACCUCUCCCCCAAUCAGACCAAACCAAGCAGAUGGACAAACUUGACGGUGCAUUUGGGUGUCCGUCGUGCCGGGAAGGUGGCAGCCCGGCUGGCGAAGGACGUUCUCAAGGCAACGUCCGCAUGGACCCUCACAGCUGCUCACUGUGUGGCAAAACCUUCAUCUCUUCUGUCCACUUGACCCUCCACCUGGCCUCCCACAACAAGGAGCGGAGGUUCCAGUGCGCCACCUGCGGCAAGUACUUUCACCAAAACUCCCACCUGAUGGCCCACGAGGCUAUCCACAGCGGCAAUAAGCCUUUUAAAUGCCUCGACUGUGGCAAGAAAUUCGGGCGGGCCGCGCAUCUCAAGACUCACCAGCGAAUCCACACCGGCGAGAAACCCUUCAAGUGUUCCUACUGUGACAAAGCCUUCACCCAGAAGUCAGGCCUGCUCUCGCACAUCCGCAUGCACACGGCCGAGCGGGCACACAAGUGUGAUGAGCGCAGCGAGACUUUCAGCUCUCUGCCGCUGCUGCUUUCUCACAAGGCCGAAGAAUCGGCUCAGCAGGGGAAAGCGGCACCCGACUCCCGUGGAGUGGACCUUAAGUGUGGCGUCUGCUGCCGCACCUUCAUAAGGUCGUCUUACAUCAGACUGCACGUCCGCCUCAAAAAGGGGCUGCGGCCUUAUCACUGCAAAGUGUGCAACAAGACCUUUGCCAAGAUGGAUACGUUUAUCAAUCACUGCGAUAAACAUUUGAUGCAGAAAGGGGAAAAAAGUGACGAUGACAGUGUGGUGAAACCUCCAUUGUUCAUCCCGCUCUCAAAGCCGCCGCGACACCCGGAGCCCGCUCAGGCGGCAUCCACCGAGAUCACCAUGGGCUCUGAGGUCAAAACUGAUUUUUGAUCAGGAGGUCACUGUAUGUGCAUCUCUAAAAAUUGGAAUAUUGUGGAAAGCUUCAUUUAUUUCUGUAGUUCAAUCCACAAAGUCAAAAAUUUGCAGUUUUUUUUUUUUUUUUUUAAAUUGACUACAGAAAUAAAUGACUUUUUUCUAUGAUAUUUGGGUUAAUUGAGAUGCAAAUGUUGACAAACAUUCCCAAUGCUCAUUGACACUUAUGGACAAUUUCCUCUAACAUGUUUGUGGGAUGCUGGGAGGAAGACCUGAAGAAAACCCACACAAGCAGAAGAAGAACAUGAAAACUCCACUCGGGAAGGCCUGAGCCAAGACUCGAACCUUGAACAUUAGAAGAGUAAGGCAGGCAUGCUAAUUGCUAGCAACCCCCAAGAUGCAUGUUGAAUUAAUAUUGAACUGAAUUGUUCCACUUAGAAAUAAAUUAUUGAGAUUGAUUGGACUGAACGGAUUGUGUUCACCUUUUCAGGUUAGGCUAUUCCAGUCGCAGGCAUUUGAAAGACUCUUCAGAUGUGUUUAAAAAUGGACUUUGAAGAGUUUGUCAUUCAUGCUUGUGGUAAAACCCAGAUUGUCAAUGAAAGAGUCCAGGAUACUCUGUGUGUUGACAAACUCUUCCACUUAAUGAAUGCUGAUUCCAAAUCCCCAGAAAUUCAGCAGGCAAGCAUUGUGCCAGAUGCCGAGAAGCUCUCAGCGCCACAUAGGGAAGCUCUUGGUACCGGCCUGCAGGUCAUAAAAAGGGAAGCACCUCAUCGUAUUAGCGUAUAGCUCCACUGUCAUAUUGUAACGAUCCUACAUUGUAGAAGACAAAUUUACCUGGCAGGUGGCCGCCUCCUGCGCGAGGCAGCUGAUGUCCCAGUGGAGGGUGACAGUCAAGUGGCGCCUCCACACGGGGUUUCUUCGGAGAGUAAUGGUUCCGCUAAUGCGGCUCGCGGCAUGCACAGUGAUGGGCUCGUCCAGCAUGAACAGAGUCUGCUUCCAAUGCGUCGGCCUGGAGCCAAGACGUAAUUGAAGAAGUAAGGUCACUUAAAAGUCACUUAUCAGUGUUCGCUUUUGCUGGAAGUAUUGUUUGUUAACGGGUAAGAUAAAACACAUAUUCGCUUUGUUUAACAUAACUGCUUGGUAAAAUUAGAUUGUGCAAUGUAAUUGAUAUUUAAAAAGAUUAAAGUAUUGCUUAAACUGAUCAGCCAGACAUGUUCUUAAAAUAAAUAUUUAAUAGCAGUAUACAUUGUAGGGUGGUCACUAUUGAAUAUUGUUAGAAUCGAAUAUUAGCAUUGGUGUAUUUUAAACAUUUUUUCCUGAUUACUGUUUACUAACCAAUCAUUUUUGAUCUGGUAUUAUUUAGUGAUUUAAAAAAUGCAACGAAACAAUAGCAACAAAAUAAUUACUUGAUUACUAAAAUGCGAGAUGAUCGAUUUGUUGUCGAUUAAUUGAUGACUUUUGACACCUCUGAUGUAGUUUGUUCACCCCCGCUUUAAAUGCUUAUUGGCUCCCAACAAAGUUUUGUUUGAUUUCCUCCCACCCAAUAAUGGAUUGAAAUUUUGCAUUUGACAGUUCCACUUUAAAUGGCAACAGUAAAUGGAUGUGUCCUACUCUGAGUCAGGUCCGGUGUUCAGUUCCACCGUUGCACCGCCUUCCUCCAAGCUCUUGAAGUAAACACUAAACCAGGCAGUGAAGCCGUGGAACACGCCAGACUUUUCCACUUGAAAUUGAAACUCGCCUUGCAUUACCUUAGAAAUGAUAAAGUGGUCCUGCGCGUUACAAAAGGCCUUUCGGUUGGGACUACUGUAGGAAUAAAAGAUGGCUGGCUGGAUGAUUUACCUCCAGGUCUGCCACCUGCAGUGUGUGCAUGUCCAAGCAGAUGACAUCGGCAGGAGAGGCGAGGCGAUCGCCCGGCUCCAUCAAGUGGCUGAACUUGGGCUUGCUGAAGAACUCCUGCAGUGCGAGAGGCCUGCGGAAAGAAGGCGCGACGUCAUUUGUAAGUUGUGCUAUUCAAAUAAACAUUGCACUGAAGAUCAGGAAGAGAAGAAAAUGUUCUGGUGCAUGCAUUUACAGUUUCUGCUCAAAAUUGAGUCAAUGUAUGAGGUGUGUCAAAAAAGAAUCCACAACUGGUGUCACCAAACAUUCUGUCAGCUUGGCUUAUCUCGGCCUACACAGGUUUCCUCCCACGUUGUGAGGUUAUGUCUGAUGUGUCUCACUGAAGCGGGGUGAAGUCCAAGCCGUAGGGUUUUUCCCAGAAGGCCAUUUUCUCGGCGUAGUAUCUGUGAGCUUGGCAAGGCACCAAGGUGAGAGCUGCGGACGAGGGCCACAUCGUGCCACCUUCCCUCAGCCAGCGGUCCCUGGCCAGCAGGACGGACUCCACCAUGAACUCAAACUAGACCAAAAAGAAAGGAGAUAAGGUAAAUGCGGAGAUUCAGCCCGGUUGGGGCUAUUUGUGUUCGUGUAAGUCAUCCGGGUAGGGGGAUUCUUACGACCAAACAGUUGCCCAUCCACUCAGACACCAGGACGUCCACCUGCUCAGGUAGCUGGAUCUCUUCGGCUCGCCCCUGGAGCACCGUGAUCACCUCCUCACACUCAUUCUGCUUCACCAGCUUCUUGGUGUGCUCCACCAUUGAGCUGGCCUCCACAGCAUACACCUUCAACAGUGUAAACGGCCAUGAAUGCUUCUGGUGUUUGGAGGAAAAACUUCUAUUUUGGCAAUUCACGACAGGUCUCGUCCCUCCUUCUACUUGUCAAGUGUCUACAGGGGUGCUGUGUUCUCUCACCACUGCCGGUUGUGCCAGCUGAGCGCAGAACAGACUCAUGAUGCCCGUCCCGCAGCCGAGGUCCAUCACCACCUUCCUGUGCAGAGAAGUGCUGUUGUUGACGAUGACCCGCCUGUACGUCUCUGUGCGGCUCUUGUCUGACAACAUCUCCAAGUGAAGAUUCUGGUAUUGUAGAAUAUAUUUCAAAAUAUUUUGGAUCCAAUCAUUGCGCAUAUAAAUUGAUCUAAUAACACUAAAGUAAAUGAAAAAGGCUAACCAGUGCUCCGUAAGUAAAAUAGUACUCAUCAUCCUGCCAAGCAUCCUCUUCCUCUUCUUCUUCAGUGGUUCCCUGGCGGAGGUAGCUGGCAGGGACGUAACCGAAGACCCCUCGUAGCUCAGCCCACCACCACUCUGAGGUAAUCUUGCCAUGGACAAUCAGUCGAUCUCCUUUGCUGAUACUAAGCUGCUGAACAUUAGAGACACAAGUUUAAAACUGAAUGUGAUUCUAAACUUUCACAUCCAUUUUCUAUAGCCUCUGAUCAUUAUUACGAUUGGGGUGAGCUGGAGCCUAUCCCAAUGAAAGGCGGGGUACAGACAAAAAAAACCCCAUCGACACUCACGGCUAUGGAAAGUUUAGGGCUGUACUUGGGAAAGUAUUUUAACGUUUUUUUUCUUUUCAAGUCUUAUUAUGCAUUCCUCAAUUUACGACGUUUUAAAUUUGGGGUUACGCACAUCGUCACGUCACAUUACUGCAUAUGUUUGUGUAUAAUACAACUCUGAACUCUAUUUGCACAUAGUGGCAUGACUAAUAAUUGAAGGGGGAACAUCCAAAUCCAUUCUGCACUUUUUGUACUCGUAGUUUGCUCUAGGAUAUAAUUAAAAAACACAAGAUAGUAAAUUGCAAAUAUUAAGACGUUUGGACAUUCAGAUAGAUAACCUCUUCACUGCAGCGCCCAGGAAAGCUCCAAAGAACAACAUACUCCUCAGGCGGCACUAGAUCCUCCAGUUGAUCCUCCAUCUUUACAAAAGCGAAUUUUAAUGCUGCUCUCAGAAACUAUGCAUGUUUAAUUACAUUUUGGUUACAACAUGUAGUAAUGUUCAUCAGUUGAGCUAGAACCAGCGACAAUGGAGAAA